AUUCUCAAUUAAUUCUACGUACUUGUUUUGUAAUUGCCGCGGUUGAAUACAGGGGCUGUUCUUAUUGAGCUGUUUGCGGAUUAAAAAAGCUUAAAAAAUAGUUUGAGAAUAUCACCAAUAAUUGUGACUCUGUAUUAUCUUCGCUUCGUUCAAUAUUUUUGGCUUCGCUGUCGCCUUUAAUACACUCUUUAUCCUCCUAACCGUGUGGAAUUGGUCUGACGCCAGGUAGGCAGAUUAAUUGAUAAAGGUUCCAGAGUAUAUUUAUCCAUUUGUAUAUAAUAAUCCUUUCCUUCCAACAAUCUUUAAUUGUCUACAUCCGGUCGUACUUCGUUUGUUUUCCAGCUUCUUUCUUUAUUUGUUUACGUUCAGACAAAAGAAAGCUCACGUCUAUCUGUCCCUUCUUCUGCUUAUGAAAACAUAAUUCCUUCUUUUUCAUACUACUACGAAUUUCAAUUUCCUCCUGUGUAUAAUUAUCUCGGAAACCAUCGGCUGUUUUAAGGCUGUAAAAUAAUUUUGCCUGCAAAGGAACUAACGCUUCCAAAAAAAGAAAACCUCACUCUUUUUUCUUUAUUGUUUAUAAUUCUUUUUUUUUUGAUUUUUUGUAUAAAGUUUUCAUUUUUUUACGAUUCCGAUGGAUUUUGCAAAUAUGUAUCUCGGUUUCGACAAUUUGGGCAGUGAAAGUUUUCAUCCAACGAAUUCAUCUGUCCAUCACAAUAACAAUCAGUUUUCAUUUCAUCCAUCGAUGCCAGGUCCAGGUCAGCCUGACAUGACGCCGAAGACACCCGUUGUCACAGGUGACUUAGGGAUGUAUGAUAUGAAUGGGAUGUCGCUACAAGCCAUGAAAGCAAAAGAACAAUUCCAAAUGAGAACACAAAACAAGUAUAUACCGAUCGUUGGUGAUGCGACCCUGUCUUCCUAUCAACGCUCUGGUAUGUUGUCGCCGGGGUCGAAAAUUCCAGAGACAGUCAACCUUUCAGAUGUUUCAAAAGCGGAAAAUUACGGAGAAGCAGCUCCCUUAAGGUCAGAAAACGUAGCACCUUCAUUGAUGGGCAUGUCUCCUUCCCAUAUGCCUUUGGAUCCCUCACUUGGGAUAAAAAGCUUUCAGAGAACUCCUUCCAAAGCCUUCUCAUUCGACAAUGGGAAAAACAAUUCUUAUCCGCUAAUCUCUGAAGAUCCUUCUCGUUUAGAACCAUAUUCUGUACAUUCUCCUAGCUACCAUGAGUCUGCAUCUGUACAGUCUUCUUUUUCCAAUCCUGCUACUCCUCAAAAGCAAAAGGCUUUAACCCCUAAUAGCUCAGAAUAUGGUUCACCUAAGCAGGAUCUAGGGAACAAUCCUGAGUUGAAAAGAUCGUCUCGUAUGCGUCAUAGUAUAAGUUCUUUGGAAGGUGAUGGUGCUGGCAAGAGAAAACGCUUUUUGGAAAGAAAUAGGAUUGCUGCGUCUAAAUGCAGACAGAAAAAAAAGCUUUGGACGCAAGAUUUGGAAAACUCUGCUAGAAUUGCCUGUGAACAAUCGAAAGCCCUCAGAUCUUUAGUGGCUCAACUGCGAGAGGAAGUAUUGUGUUUGAAGAACCAACUGUUAGCCCAUCAAGAUUGUGGUUGUGAAGGAAUAAGACAAUACCUUUCUUCAGAGGCAAUGGGAAUCAUGUCAGCUCUCCAAAAACAUUGAAUAUGAAUCAUCUUCUUGCCAACUGGAAAAAAGGUACACGGUUGUUUCAUAAAAUUAUUUUUAUAGAUACAAUCACUCAAGCUUUCAGCUAUUCACGGUGUCGACGUUAAAAUUAUUGAAAAAGGUUUCUCCCAGCAUGGUUUGUUUACCUACUUACCUGACUUAAUCGUUCGUUCUUCUUUUGCUUGUUUCUCAUGUAAAGCAUAUUAAUUAUCGCAUGUGUAAUACGGGAUCAUUCAUAAUUCAUUCUAUUAAUAGUCUCAAUUAAUCUCCUUUUUUAU